UUCCUUGGAAAUGAACCCGAUGGUAGGGGAAGCGCGUGCUUCAGGGUCGAAAUUGCACGGUGGUUCGGUGGUUGAAAUGCAUCGAACAGCAGUCGAGGACAGGCGGUCUCGCGUUUAAGUGGUCCAACAAUUCCAUGUCGCCUUUGUUGGUCCUUUUGUUUCAUUACGGAGUUUUGGCCAUCGCAUUUGGUAACGGUUACCGAAAUAAUGGAUUUUUUGAGUUUGGCUUCGCCGAUGAACACGAAUAUAGACUGACGAAGCAUCUCCUCGAUGGAUACGACGCCGGUGUACGACCAGCUAAAAAUUCUUCUCAACCGUUGGCAGUCGUUUUUGGACUUUCCCUUCAUCAUAUAAUCGAUGUAGACGAGAAGAACCAGAUACUCACGACCAACUGUUGGGUCACCCAGUCCUGGACGGAUCAUCAUCUGAAAUGGAACGCCUCGGAGUUUGCUGGAAUUCGCGUGAUUCGCGUGCCCUACAAUCGUAUUUGGAGACCAGACACGAUUCUCUACAACAACGCAGAUCCGCAAUACAGUUCGGCAGUGAUUAAUACGAACGUGAUCGUUAGCCACACGGGAGACGUUCUGUGGUUGAGUCACGGGAUCUUUCGCAGCAGCUGCGACAUCGACGUAGAAUUUUUCCCUUUCGACGAGCAACGGUGUCUACUGAAAUGGGCCUCGUGGACGUACGAUGGAUAUCAACUCGAACUGGAGAGGCAAAGCGAGCAAGGAGACGUAAGCAAUUACCAAGCCAACGGGGAAUUCGACCUGCUCGAUUUCUCCGCGAGAAGAAACGUCGAGCACUAUUCGUGCUGUCCGGAACCUUAUCCGGACAUCACCUACGAGAUCCGACUGCGUCGUCGUCCAACCUUCUACGUCUUUAAUUUGAUCCUUCCUUGCAUACUCAUCAACGGCGUCGAUUCACGCGAGCCAAGAACGCAAUGCCUUCUGUUUGAUAUUCCCAUGACAAGAACGAUACAAUCUUUGGAACGGAAAACUUUCAUCCAGCCAGGUGUUUCCUUCGUUUAUUCAGCACUGUUGGUAUUCUACGUGCCAUCGGAAUCGGGGGAAAAAGUCACCCUCGGGAUUUCAGCUCUUCUCUCCAUGACGGUUUUCUUGAUGACGAUUCGCGAGACCCUGCCACCCACGGAGAAAACACCGCUGAUAAGUCUUUAUUACGGUGUCAGUAUAUGCCUGGUCUCGUUCGCUUCAGGAUUAGCGGUGGUCACGUUAAAUGUUCACCAUCGGGGAGUUCGGGGAACUAGAGUACCGGGCAUCGUUCGUUCUUUGGUCUUGGACAAACUCGCCAGAGUAGUUCUCCUCAACUUUCAAGAGGAGAACAAAUCGGAACCGCAACCGGUCGAGCCUCCAGGAAGAAAGAACAAUUGUCCGUUGCACUGUAAACCGGAAGUGGUGGAAUCGCAAUCAUCACCAAAGUUUACGAACAGAAGAGAAGAGAGCAACGGUAGCAGUCCAAGUUUAGAUGUUGGCAAAGAGAGUGGCCUCGAGGCUCAAUGGUCACGCGUUCUGGGAAGAGUACACGCAACGAUCGAGAGGAACGAGCGUCGGCUCGUCGAGCAGGAUCGUCGUGAGAGAAUGGAAUUAGAUUGGAAACAGGUCGCGUUGGUCAGCGAUCGAGCGCUUCUCUGGCUUUUUUUCCUCACGACUAUCGUCAGUACCACUGUCAUUCUUUGUGGCUCACCACCGACCACAAAUAUCGCCAAACAGGGCUAAGAUCGACGCAACGAAACCAUUUAUAGACAAAUCAAAUCAAAUUCAUUAAUUAAUUAACAUUAAUACUCUGUCAGUUUGCAUUUUAGAAUACAGAGAUAUUCUGUUACUCUUCCGUUUUCAUAUCGUAAAAAAACGGAGAAAUACCUUUAACGUGAUGCGCUAAACGUUCUAUAAAUAGUAUACGAAUAUACAUACAUAUACAUAUAUUUAUUUCGUGUGCACGUGUGCAUACCAACCAAAUACACGUACCUUACAAUUAAAACUAAACAGUAUAAUAGGAUAGGUUUACGUUAAAAAUUUACCGAUUUCCGAA